GAUAGUAAUGCUGCUGGUGGUGGUGGUGCAGAGAAGAACCCAUAAUCCACCAAAAGUCAAAUAACAUUCGCCAGAGACAAGACGGAAUUCGUCCUCAGGACGUACAAUUUUGCAAGAUUUUGGUAUAGUUAAAGGUGUGAUUUGUGCAAUUGCGUCGUUGAUAUAGAGGGUAAGCAGGCAAUAGUGUGGAAAGUGGACGAUUUGUGUGGAUUCCGUCGAAUGGUAAACGGAUUCGAACGGAUCGAAUAUCUCUCAUCCGAUCAGCUCAGCUCAAGUCAGGGUACCAAAGGGUGGGCGUAGGAGAAAAGAACGCAAGGCAGCCGUAGUAGGAGCAGUACGACACAGCAAGAUGAAGAAGAAGGUGCUUUUGAUGGGCAAGAGUGGCUCUGGCAAGACCAGUAUGCGAUCGAUCAUCUUCGCCAACUACAUUGCCAGAGACACCAGGAGACUGGGAGCUACAAUCGAUGUCGAACACUCGCACGUGCGCUUCCUGGGCAACCUGGUCCUCAACCUGUGGGACUGCGGUGGACAGGAAUCGUUCAUGGAGCAGUACUUCGCUUCCCAGAAGGACAACAUCUUCCGCAAUGUGGAGGUCCUCAUCUACGUGUUCGAUGUGGAGAGCCGCGAACUGGACAAGGACAUGCACUACUAUCAGUCGUGCUUGGAGGCGAUUUUGCAGAACUCACCGGAUGCCAAGAUUUUCUGCUUGGUACAUAAAAUGGAUCUGGUGGCCGAAGAGCAGCGUGAUAUUAUCUUUAAGGAGCGCGAAGAGGACCUGAAGCGGCUGUCGAAACCGCUGGAAUGUACCGCCUUUCGGACGAGCAUCUGGGACGAAACCUUGUACAGGGCGUGGAGCAGUAUCGUGUAUCAGCUGAUUCCGAACGUUAAGGCAUUGGAACAUUCGUUAAACUACUUUGCCAAUGUGGUCGAUGCCGAUGAAGUGCUGCUGUUUGAACGAGCUACCUUCCUAGUGAUUUCACACUGUCAACGAAAGCAGCACAGGGAUAGCCAUCGAUUUGAGAAAGUUUCCAACAUAAUCAAACAGUUCAAACUGUCCUGCUCGAAACUGGGGGCAAAGUUUUCCUCCAUGGAAGUUCGAAACAGCAUAUUCGCGGCCUUCAUUGACACGUUCACCAGCAACACGUACGUCAUGGUGAUCAUGUCGGAUCCUUCUAUUCCAUCGGAAGCCACCUUGAUCAACAUUAGGAAUGCCAGGAAAUACUUCGAAGAACUAGAAAAUCCGAAUAGCAUGAACGCCGCCAAUGCCAUCCAUUCGGCCCACGCAGCUCGGGGUAUGGUGAACGGAGGAUCUUCCCACUAUUACAGUCAUCACCAACAUCCCCAUCAGCAGUUGCCACAACAGUUCCUUCAGCAGCAACAACAGCAGCAGUACCAUAACGCCAACAACCCGUACCACUGAUAUUUAUUCAAGAAAAAGUACUUUUAUUUCAAAUAACCCUUCCACGCUGCUGGUUAGGUCUGUUAUGGCUGCAACUGUGAAUAUUCUUCCCAAUUUUCUCCUCACAGAGACGGACAGCUAAAUCCCAAUAGCCUUGCGUUAUAAUUAAAUAGCUGUUAUCAAUCAAAUCGAAUCCGUUUCGCGAUACUUGAAAUGCGACAACGAUCGGAUUUAUUUUCCUUAGUUUAUUCAAUUGUUAUGUUUUAGAGAGCCUAGCGUACAACUUUAACAAAGAAAAAAAAAUCAAACAUUAACCUUAUAAAAAAACAACCAGUCAAAUGGAGCCAAAAAAACUGGCUCCCGAUGCUACCAAGUGGCCAUGUUGCUAGAAACGAUUGACUUUUUCCGCUUUUCUCAAAUCUGUUAGUUACGACUUUUUAUUCAAUUCUCCUUAACUAUAUGUGAACAACGACUAGAGAACCAACAACCAACUAUCAACCAAUUUGUAGAAACAUCAGAACAAACCUUAUUGAUGAAGCAGAAAGAUUUGUCAAAUAAAGUCCGGGAUGUAUGAUAAAGCAAUUUACCGGGUGGAUCUUGAUGUCACUGUACUGUACUGACGGAAAUAAAGAGAUUUUUAAAGAAAUUA